ACACAGCAGGAUCUGAAGACAGGAGCCCGAGGAUCAUUUCAUCUCCUGAGUGAUACUGCGGAGAUAAACUGAAGGCCCUCCUUCAAUUACUUAUUCUGCAAAACCUUUCUGGGGACCACAACACUGGAACAUGAGGAAUGGCAGUGCAGCAUGACUUGCCACAUUACUACAGGCAAAGAGAAGGGGCUCAAUGGCUAGUUCCCUCUUACCAGUCCUCUGAAAUACUGACGCCACAGCAAAUACCACAGCGCCUCACUGUAUCACCAGGGCGCUAUGAAGAAUAUCUUUCCAAGUUGAGCACACCAGCGAGGCUUCCAUGGGGAAGAGAAAGAGAAUAUGGGGGAAUAGGUCCAGUGUGCCUUCCGAACAAUCACAGACCAAAGGCAGAACCUCCUCCUCAAGAAGCCAAGGGGCACAAGCACUAUGGCUAUGGGGGAGACCCCUGGCCAAGAGGGCUUCCAAUUGAGCAGUACUACGACAUAACCCAGCUGAGAAAGAGUGCAGUGCGUGCCAGCGAUGAUUUGUAUCCUAAACCACCUGAUGUUUCUAUAAAUAUUAAACAAAUAAGCACAGGCUUUCCAGCAGAGCACCCAUAUCAGUCACACAUAUCAAAGUUUGCCAUGUUUCCGAGCUACAGCCCCCCCGAAGAACCGGACUGCACCUUUUCUCCACUUCAUCCAGAGAGUGCAUCACAUGGAUAUGAAACUAUUGUCUUAAGGAAAACUAGUGGAAGUCCAUACAGGCAUGAGAUCAUUCUUGAGCCCCAGAGGCCAUUAACCUGGCCUGGGCAGGAUGGAUACUUUCAUUUUCCCAAAUCUAAUCAAGGGCACACGCAGAUUUACUAUCCAGUGCCUCCAAAAACAGUUGCUCCCAAUUACUUCUGCAAGUCACCAGAAGAGCCUCUUUCUGAGAAAACUGUCAAUUUGCAAAGGAGUCUGAUAAAGUCCCAGUGGAUAACCUCUUACAGCCGCAGCUUUCCAGAUUACGGUGAAAUGAACCGUUUAGAUCCUAGUCGUUCUCUUGAUCCUUGCAGUACUAGGCAGCUGGGUGGAAGUGUGGAAAUGAACUUACAAUUGGAACCUCUAGAAGGAAGAGCUGUCUGUUUUCAAGCUUCUAAUAAUCCCACUGAUACAACUAAAAAACUGUUAAACUUUCCACCUCAGGGCCGAAACUUACAAACUGGUAUAAGUCCCGAUUGUGGGAUUCCAUUUCAUUCCAAACAUCACACGCCUCCAGGUUGUGAUACCUCACCCGACUACUGUAGCGAUAGAUUCUGCUGUCCUGAAGAACACAAAGCCCAUUCUACCAGAAAGUGUCAGUUUAGGGAACCAGAGCUACGUAAAAUCACAGAUACUGACAAAACAGAUGCUUUGUACAGCAGGCAGCUCGUGCAGGUCCCAGUGCUUCAGGACUCAGAAAUAAAACCAAUUUAUGAUAAGGAAUUCCAUCCCAGUCAAGCUGAAAAUGCAUAUUGUAAUCUGAGGAAGUCAUUUGCAGACAAUGUUGCCUAUGGGAUUACUGGGGAAAGCCUUAAUGGAUGGCGCAACGAUCAAAGGGAAUCCCAGGCACCAGUUCCAGGGGAAUUAUGUGACAAAAAGGAGGAACAAGGCCCUAAUUUACUUGAACUGCAAAGCUCAUUUUCAAGAACUAAAGCAUAUAGAGAUUUUCACCAAAACUUCUCAGACAAAACAAUGGAUUUAAGAGACAAUUUGAAUUCAGGGAAAAAACACAAGUUCUUUGGUUUCAAUUCAUUUUAUUUCCAUAACUAAUAAUCAGAAUGCAAAUAUAACACCAGCUGAUAAUGAUCCCUGGCUGUUUCUGCUUAGCAAGAUUUGGCAAAUUUACAAACAAUAAAAUGUGAUCUUCAACAAAA